AUGGAUACUGGGGCAUCCUCCCCAGAGAAACAGGAUAAAGAGAAUUUAGUGGGCGUCAAGAGCAAAGGGCUUGGUGUAUGUGGCUGGAUCCUGUUUUCUUUCGUGUUGAUGAUCAUCACCUUCCCUAUCUCCAUAUGGAUGUGCUUGAAGAUCAUUAAGGAGAACGAACGAGCUGUCGUAUUCCGACUGGGAUGCAUCCAAGCUGACAAAGCCAAAGGACCAGGUUUGAUCCUGGUCCUGCCUUGCAUAGACGUGUUUGUCAAAGUUGAUCUCCGGACCGUGACGUGCAACAUCCCUCCACAGGAGAUCCUCACCAGAGACUCUGUGACCACUCAAGUGGAUGGAGUGGUCUAUUACAGAAUCUAUAGUGCCGUGUCGGCAGUGGCUAAUGUCAACGAUGUCCACCAAGCCACAUUUCUGCUGGCUCAGACCACUCUGAGAAAUGUCUUAGGGACACAGACCUUGUCCCAAAUCUUAGCUGGCCGAGAAGAGAUUGCCCAUAGCAUCCAGACUUUACUUGAUGAUGCCACCAAGCUGCGGGGGAUCCAGGUGGGCCAAGUGGAAAUCAAAGAUGUCCGGAUUCCCGGGCAGUUGCAAAGGUCCAUGCCUGCUGAGGCCGAGGCCACCCGGGAGGCCAGGGCCAGGGUCCUUGCAGCAGAAGGAGAAAUGAAUGCUUCUAAAGCCCUGAAGUCAGCCUCCAUGGUGCUGGCUGAGUCCCCCAUAGCCCUCCAGCUGCGUUACCUGCAGACCUUAACCACCGUUGCCACAGAGAAGAAUUCCACCAUUGUGUUUCCUCUGCCCAUGAAUGUACUAGAGGGCAUUGGUGACCUCAGCUACAAUAACCACAAGAAGGUCCCUAACAGAACCUGA